AUGGGGAAGGGGCAGAAAGUUGAGGAAGAAGAAGGUGGAAUUAGAAGUGGCUGUAGAGAUAUGAUGACAACGGAUUUGCGUAUACAUCGUAUGACAGCAGUGACGACGGAUAUUGUUCCCAACACGAAUAAUUGGAUUAGUUGCAAAUGGUUUUCAGUGGGAAUCCAUUGGGUCUGUGUGUGUGUGUCGGUUGGAUGCUGUUCAGCAUGUAUCAACGAUAUUUAUGACUGCUCCGUUCCUUUACCCACAAAUGAUGAUGGCGAUUAUGUCGAUGAUGAUGAUGGUGAUGAUGAUAAUGAUGGUGGUGGUGGUGAUGAUGAUGAUGAUGAUGACGAUGACGAUGGCGAUGACGAUUAUGGUGGUGAUCAUCACCAUCGCUAUCAAAGCUAA